AUGAAAUCCCUCACUUUGACUUCGACACCUAUCUUGCUCUUUGUCGGUCUGCUAUAUAGCAGUGUAGCUCAGGCGUAUACCUUUGUGGGAUGUACGACUGUAGUCUCACCUACUACUGGUGAUCCAGAUUCUACGACUGUAUCAAGUGCUGCUCUCUGUAAUAAUUAUUGCGCUCCCACUGCAGACUCAGCACCGUACUUCUAUUACAAUGUCCAAUCGUCUUCUUGUGUCUGUACGAGUCAGGCUCCGACUGCUCCCAUUUAUUCGACAUCGGCUGCAUCGGAUAAUAUGGGUAAUUGUGCACCUGGAUAUUCUACUGCAUACAAGAUAGCUACUACUUUCACAUUUAGUAUGUGUGACGGAAGUGCCGAUCCGUCUUCGUCUGUUACGAACUUUGUCAACACCCCAGGAGACUGUUUUACUGCCUGUCGAACAUACGGUCAGGCAGCUUUCAGUGUGUACAGACCAACCAAUCAAUUUUAUUGUCUUUGCGCCGCAUCGUCGACGCCCACCAACACGCAAGGUACCGAUCCUAGGAACUGUGGGGCAAGUGGAUUCUUCCUCUAUUCACAUAGUGCCGCAUCAUCCGCUUCCGGUCUGGCGAGAAGACAAUUGAAGGAUAAGUUGGAUGUGGCUAGGAAAGAGAGACAGAAGAGGGAGAGGUUUUGUCCAAAGGGGUUGAUGGCUUGUGCUGUGGAAGGAUGGGAUUCUUAUGAGUGCAUCGAUACCUCAUCCGAACUUGAGUCAUGUGGAGGAUGCAUCUACGGUGAAUAUGGAUCUUCCUUCAACACCACAUCAUCAGGAACAGAUUGCUCAACUCUGCCCGGUAUAUUGUUCGGUGCUGUAACAUGCCAAGAUUCGAAAUGUCAAGCUCACGCAUGUAAAAAAGGGUAUGAGUUGAUUGGAGGAUUGUGUGAACCGCAGAUCUAG